AUGGGCGACAGCAAGAGCCGCUAUGAACAUUUGCCAAUCCCGACUUAUGAGGAGGCCACUUCUUCUCGUCCAACUUCUUCCCGGUCCGGGCUGGGCCCUGAAGAGAUCAGCGACGAUGCUGAAAGGCAGGGUCUCCUUCGCAAUGGUAAUGGCACCUACCAACCUCCGACCGUCGAGUCCGCGCGGCCUAGUCUUGACUCGCUCGAUGGCAUUGAACAUGAUGAAGAGGAGGAAGUCCGCCGGGAGAUGCAACAGAUGGAGAUAGAAGAUCCUGAGAGCGACUCCUCCUCAAAUCGAUCCCUUCUGCGCUACCGCCUAUCCAAACGGUUCUCGACCUUCACCAACUCCUUUUCUUCCUUAUCCCUACCUGCCUUCCGUUCGUACUUCUCGAACUUCUCGUGGCCACGCAUCAACUACGAGUCCCUCGAUACGAAUCGAGUAGUCAUUAUAGGACGACUCUUUGGUGUUUUCUUGAUUAUGGGAGUGUUGUAUAUACUGAUUGCGUCGGACGUGUUAUCAUUUACGAAGAACAGGAUGGGGAUGGGGGGAAUGUACGACCCAGAGUCAAUCCGAAUAUUUAUUCAAAAUCACAUGAACGAUCACGGACAUAUGCAAAAACACCUGGAGCACAUAACCGACUUUCCACAUAUUGCAGGCACUGAGGGCAACUAUGUUCUUGGGGAAUGGGUCAUGGAACUGUUCAAAGCCUCGGAACUUGAAGACGUAAACAUGGAACGAUUUGAUGUAUAUUUGAAUUAUCCCCGGAAGGACGGCAGACGAGUUGCGAUUGUUGAACCCGAGGAAGCAAAGUGGGAGGCUAAGGUUGAGGAAGAUCAGGAACGGUCGUUCGUCUUCCACGGACAUUCCAAGUCUGGUGAUGUGACCGGACCUCUAGUAUAUGCCAACUUCGGCUCCAGAGAAGACUUCAAAACGCUGGAAGAGAAGGGAAUCUCCGUGAAGGAUGCCAUCGUACUUGUCCGGUACUAUGGCUCGCAGGGCGACAGGGCUUUGAAAGUCAAGGCUGCGGAACUUGCCGGUGCUGCAGGCUGUAUAAUCUAUUCUGACCCGAGUCAGGAUGGUUUCGUCCAGGGACCAACGUUUCCGGAUGGUCGAUUCAUGCCGGCAGAUGGUGUACAGAGGGGAGCCGUGAGCCUCAUGUCUUGGGUAGUAGGAGACGUCCUCACACCAGGUUGGGCGGCAACACCGUCCAACGAAGAAGUUCUCAAGGCCGAAGAUAGCCCUGGACUUACCAAGAUUCCUUCCAUCCCGAUCUCGUGGGACGAUGCUCAACAACUCCUUGGUGCUCUCAAGGGCCACGGCGAUCGAAUGACCGACGUUUGGCAAGGUACUCCCGGCACAGAGUACUGGACGGGAAGCCAAGACUCCCCCAAAGUGAACCUGAAGAACCUACAAGACGAAUCAUUCAAGCAGCCCAUAUAUAACGUGCUUGGCAAGAUCACUGGCUGGGAGCGCCCUGAAAAGAGAGUCAUUGUCGGCAAUCACCGCGAUGCUUGGUGUACCGGUGCCGCUGAUCCCGGCAGUGGAACAGCAGUUAUGCUCGAAGUCAUCCGCAUCUUUGGCGAGUUGCGUGGGCUUGGCUGGCGGCCCCUGCGCACCAUCGAGUUCGCAAGCUGGGAUGGAGAAGAGUACAACCUUAUUGGAAGCACCGAGCACGUCGAGAAUCGUAUGGCCGAGCUGCGGGCUGAAGGGGUCGCAUAUCUGAAUGUCGAUGUUGGUGUGUCGGGCCCGGACUUUCAUGCCGCUGCAUCGCCGGUGUACGAGCGCCUGCUUUUGCGUGUUCUUGACCGCGUGGGGGAUCCUGUUUCGGGAAAAUCGAUAGGCGAGAUGUGGACCACUAACGGACGUGGACUUGAGGGCCUCGGUGCUGGAAGCGACUACGUAGCCUUCCAGGAUAUGGCAGGCACAUCAUCAAUCGACAUGUUCUUUAAAGGCCAGCGGUACCCGUACCACAGCUGCUACGACAAUUUCGAGUGGAUGACCAAGUACGGCGAUCCGGACUGGAAGUACCACAAGGCCAUGGGCGAGAUAUGGGCCCUGGCGAUUCUCGAACUAGCAGACAGGCCACUUUUGCCGUUUGACUUGAACGCCUACGCGAACAGCGUCUCGAAGUACGUCGAUGAUCUCGACAAAUACGUCAACGACGCGUCGUUAGCCGCCGGCGUCGGUGCCAUCAGCCUCGAUCCCCUGCGUAAGGCGUCCGAGUUCUUCACGGAGCAGGCGACCGCUUUCCACGCAUUUGACGGGCAUUGGCGCGACUUUGUCUUUGGAUCCGGUGGGUUCGAGAGCGCCGCAAUGUCGACAGCACGAGCGGAACAUAACGAUCGCCUGAUUCACUUCGAGAGAGACUUGUUGGAUUUGGCCGAAGACGGGGGCUUGGUGAACCGUACGCAGUUCAAGCAUGUCAUCUACGCCCCGCAGAUGUGGUCUGGCUACGACGAGGCGUAUUUCCCCGGGAUCAGAGACGCCGUGGAUGCUGCUGACUGGGACGGAGUGCGCCAUCAGAUCGAGAAAGUGAGUGGUAUACUUGAGGAGGCCGCGAAGAAGUUGAAUGAAUGA